AUGCCUGCUUUGCCUUCACCUUACGCCAAAGGUGGGAGCAUAGUGUCAAUGCCUGUGGGGCCGGCCGUCCCUGCAGGGUCGGUUAAGUCGUCUUCAGGAAAGCUUGAAUCACUCAGGCUUGCAGGAGUGAGGGUCCCGAAUGCACCGGGGCAGAGCUGGGAUCAAAAACUCUCCGAAGCAAGGGAGGCGGCUUUGGCAAAGUGGCUUGGGAUUCUUGAGAGGUUCCCCGAGGAUUUUGGUUUGACUUUGUCGAUUCGGUUAGACCGGGAAAAUGGACGAGAUGCCGACUUGAAGACCUCAUUGCAAGAUGUGUUUUCUCAGAAGGCGAGCGUCACAAUCUCGGGCCGUGCCGGGCCUCUAGCCAGGUACGUCAAGCAUUGCCGAGGUCACCAGGUCAAUCCUUUCCCUGUCACCGAAGCCGGGGUCUAUGCUUUCCUUCAAGACUAUGCAUCACACGAGGCGCCCACUUUCGCAAGGAGCUUCUUGAGCAGCCUCGCUUUUGCAAAGUUCACUGUGAGCUUGAAGGUGAGCGAUGAAGUCUUUAGCCCCAGGGUCCGUGGGCUGUCGUCGAAGCUAUAUCUUGACAAGAGAAAGACUCGACAGAAGCCAGCUCUUAAAGUUGAUCAUGUGCGCAAGUUGGAAGCCAUUGCAUCUGGUUCGAUCAAUCUCGAACCCGCAGAUCGGGUCGCUGCCGGCUUCUUUGUUUGGACCCUUUACGCACGAGCGAGGUACUCAGAUGCCCAGGCUGCAGGUGCAAUGACUUGCGACUUGAGUGAUACCCCAGAUGGCGUUGUGGGAUACCUUGAGGCUGCUGUUGAGCGAAGCAAAACUUCGUUUUCACUUGAAAGAAAGGUCAGGUAUUUGCACAUGUUCGCUCCCAUCCAGGGAAUAGGCGAGGUGCCCUGGGGUGUUAAGUGGAUUGAGUUCUAUAAAGUGCAUGGGCCUCCUUUGGGGACGGGUAAGCCCUUGCUUCCGAGUCCGCUCUCUGGAGGAGGGUGGCAAACGGCGCCGUUGGCGGUGGCAAGUGCCACGAAAUGGAUGAAGUCACUCUUGAUCCGUGCAGGAUGCGACAGGUCUUCUGUCGAACCGCUUGGGACGCACAGUCUCAAGGCGACGACCUUGAGUUGGAGCGCCAAAUUCGGAUUAGCCCGCGAGGUGAGGGCGGCCCUUGGUUAUCACGCCAGGGGCCGUGAUGGAACCGAGAUCAUCUAUGGGAGAGACAACAUGUCUGCUCCUGUGCGCCGGCUGCAAGAGGUCCUGCUCGAAGUGUCACGCGAAAGGUUCAUGCCGGAUGCCACCAGGUCCGGCUACUUCGUGAAGCGCUUUGGAGAGCCGGAGGGGGUGCCCAUUCCUCCUGACGAGGUUCUGUCGGAUUCUUCUUCCGAGGCCAGCGAGGAUGCCGAGGAUGUCGACGAUGAGUUGGGGAGGCAAUGGGAGCCCGAUGCAGGCUUGCGGGCCGAGCUUGAGGCACUCACGCAUCGCAUUGUGUAUGCAUUAGAACAUGCUGACAUACUUCAUGUGACUUUUAAGCGGAUUGCUAGCCGGGUCCUUCUCCUGAAGAUGGCGAACUACUCUGAGAGCCAAUCGGUUCUGCAGUCACGAUUGAGCGUCGUGGGUUUCGCGGAAGGAGAUGUCCUGAAAAUUCUGCCUGAGGUGGGAAACUUGAGGAGGCUGGCUUUCAUUUCUUCUUUCACCCCUGGCCAGACAGACGAGGAGCCUUUGAUGCGGGUGUUGAAGGAUAUCUUGAAACGAGAUCUGACAAUCGCAGACAAGGCCAAUUGGCGUGCGGUGUACAAUGAGGCUUAUGCCAUUGUGACCGCGGAAAUGAAGCAGCGGAUCGAGAAGGCCGAUCCCGAGUCGACUGUCAGGCCAUUGUCGCAGCCUGAGAGGUCUGAGCGUUACGAGCGGCAGGCAAAGAAGCUUGUCGGAAUUUCGCUAAAGGGGCCUCUGGAGCCUGCCGAUGCACUUGUCGACCUUGCUGUGGCCUCCUACGAGGCGAAUGAGCUCAGGUACAUUCCGUGGGACCGGUGUGUGUCAAAGGAAGCUGAAUUGGCUGGCGAGAAGAAGCGAGAUGUUAGGUUCACGGUCGAAGAGUCCUCUGGCAAGCUUCGGAUUGAGCAUAAGCAGCCUGACUUGGUUGCGGAUACUUCAUCAGAGAUUCUUGUUCAGCAGGCCCUCACGAGGAGGUCUCUGGCCAUGGAUCAGGCGAACCUGAUCGAUUUCAGUGUCUCCGACCAAUGGACUCAGCGCUUGAUGAAGGCUCGCAUGCAGACACCUGCGGAGCAUUUUGUCAGGCCCACUUGGAAGCAGCUUGAGUCGGCGGAUCGGCAGCUGUUUGCCGAGCUUCGUGAUAAGACCAGGGCAGGAGUGCAGACCGUCGCAUCGGGUCGCCCGUUGGACACACUUCUGCCAGAUGCGAUGUACAUGAACGAAGUGUCAUGCUUAUUGCAACCUUUUCCGGCCCCUGCCCUAAAGGAUGUUCCCCAGAAGCCGGAUGCUCCCAAGUGGGAGAGGCCAUCUCCUUACACCAAAGGUGGGGGCAAAGGAAAGAAAGGUAAGCAGAGGUUCAUGACAAGGCUGCUCGACGAAGGGGCAGAAGUGCGAGAAGGGCGGCCGGUGCUCCAGAGAGUGUGCAUCAGCCGGCAGCGAGGACAGCACAGGUGGAUGAUCUCCGAGAGGGAGUUCAUCGGUGUUGAUCGAGAGGAUCAUCACGUGCACAACGUUGGCUCUCACAGUGCCAUCGCCAGGCCAUCACCAGGUAUGGUGGAGGCCGCACGCAGCAGGUCCCCGAAGCCCCGUGACGGGGCGGAGUCACGGAGCCGCACAGCAGGCUCUACACUUGACGAGGGUCAUGUGAGUGCCACCGAUGUUCUGCGAGUCUUCGAUGGUCUUCCUUCGGAUGCCUUGAAGAGGGGUGCCGAUGCACCUCUCCCAACUUCGAAAUCUUAUGCCACGGGAGCGUAUGUUCUUGGUGGUAAUGUGGGCCUGAAGGCCAAUGCCUCAGCCAACCCGGAGGCGCUCAAAGUCUUUGCAAGGAACAUCUUGACUUUCUCCGCGAGUGUCAUGUUGAUGUUCCGGAAUGCGCGCCCGAGGGAACCUGUGAGCGACCCUGCUAGUCCCUUGAAGCCCGGUUCUGCUCUCUAUGUCGAGAUAAAGUGUGGGUCCGGGCUGCUGCCGGCUCGGGUGCGGCGGGAUUGUUUUAAGGCUACUUUUAGCGCCGGGCAAACCAUUCGCCUCGCCAAACUCUUGCUUGCAUCUGAUUCGCAUUGGAGUGUCUUGCAUCCCCUGGCGUCAGCCCUGUGGAAACAGCUCGACUUGCCCGACAACCUCCAUUGCGUAGACUUCUGUGCAGGUUGCUACGGGGCUCCCUGUCCGGUCAAAAUGCGUCUGUGCACAACCCAGGCCGCGCUGGCUGGCAUGCCGGUGCCAGCAUGUCGUUGUCGCCCCGGGCCCCACGCUGCGGGCUCGCUUGCACCAGAUGUCUUGUACACACCCAAAUUCUGUGAUGUGUUUGCUGGCCUCCUGCAGCUGGCGGUUGGCCAGUCUGGCCUCUUACUUGAGCACGCUGUUCCACUGCAGAGUUCGCGGCAUUCUGCCGUCGCAGCCGCUGGGUGGCAGCCUCGAUUGUCAAAAUUCCAGCCGCAGAUCGCCGAGUUUAAGUGCCAGGCCACGGUCAGUGAGUUCCCGUGGCCCCUUCCUUUGGAUAAUAAAGGCAAUCUCACAUGUGCCGUAGGGUCCAUCCCUCCUGGCUCCCGCCUUCUUCGCGUUGUGUGUGAUCGGGGGGUCGUCGGUGCGAAACAGGUCGGAAGCCUGUCAGGUGUGCCUUCAGCAGUUACCUUUGGCAUUUACCGCACGGAACAAGAGUUUGUGGCUCAGGCAUUGCAUAUCGAUCAUCCCUUCGACUUGUGCGUGGCAGUCCCAGACUUCAUGUUGAGAGCGUUGGCUUUUACCUUGAAAGAGGGCCCGGUUGGUGUGAUGAAACACCGUCUGAAUUUGCUCCAGCAGUGGACUUCUUGGAAACGCGAUUUGGCUGGUGCCGAAGCAAAUCUGCAUGCUGCCAUGGAUCCUGGUGUAGCUUCUGUUAUGAAGGGCAAGAACAUCUUGCUUUUGGAGAAGAUUGCAUCGUCUUUCAGUUGGCCUGACACUGAAGUCUUCGAACACCUCAAGCAUGGGUUUCCUUUAGUGGGGGAGUCGAGUCCUUCUGGCAUCUUCGAUGUGGAUAGAAGACCGGCUCUGAUGACAAGGGCAGAGCUUGUGCAGCAUGCUAAAUUCCUUAGGCCUGCGCUGUGGGCGAAGGUGGCGAACGCGGAGGUGGACGAUUUAGCUCGGGAAGUGUGGGACUCCACACUCACACAGCAAGAGAUGCUAGUCAAGGAGUGGCUAACCGGGCCUUACUCGUGGGACGAGCUGCAAGCCCGUCAUCCAGAAGGCUGGCUUCCAGUGCGGAGGUUCGGCAUUGUGCAAAAAGCCAAGACGCGGUCGAUAGACGAUUUGGCCGAGAACUCUGUAAACUGCGCUUAUGCUGUUUCCGAUCGGAUUUCUUUGAGGGCCCUCGAUGAAUUGGUCUGGCUUGCGAUCACCCUCUUUAAGAUCUUCAUUGCAAAAGGCGAGGUGAGCAUCCCUUUGUCGGACGGUGACCAUCUCGCUUUCCGCUUGAAAACAGUGGACUUGAAAAGUGCUUAUAAACAGUUGGCGGUUUCUCCACGAGACCGCUGUCUGAGCAUAGUGGCCAUCAAGGACCCGGUUUCGGGGCUUGCGUUUGGCUUCGAGAGCCGAACCCUUCUGUUUGGGGCCACCUCGUCGGUGGUUUCAUUCAAUCGCGUUGCAAGAUUGCUCCAAAGGGUUCUGAUUGCGUUGCAGGUGCUCGCCUGCAACUACUUCGACGAUUACCCGGUGUUAGAGGUCUUGCCGCUUUGUAACAACACGCAGUCGACUGUCAGAGCCGCGUUGGACCUGCUGGGUUUCGCCUGGGCAGAAGAUAAGGAUCUUCCCUUCAGCCAUGAGGCCGAACUUCUAGGCGUUCGGGUUGACCUUGGUAGCUUUGGGGUAGUUAAGAUUGGGAAUAAGCCCGAACGUGCUACUGCCAUCGCUGAGGCGGUGGACUCCGUCUUGAGCGCGGGCCAUCUUGAUCCGAAGACUCUGCCGUCUUUGUUCGGUCGCCUCCAGUUUGCCGAGGGCCAGCUGCACGGGCGAUUGGGCAGAUUGGCACUGGCCGACCUUAGGGCGUGCACGAUGAGUUCUCAGGCCAAAGCCCUUGAUGCCACGGCUGUGCAGGCCCUUUGUAAUCUUAGCUCCCGGGUUCUUGGGGGUACCCCUAGGAUAGUCCCGGCCUGUGUGGGGUCUCGCCGUUCUGUGAUUUUCACAGAUGGUGCGUACGAGCCGACGAAUGAAACUCACCCCGCCACUGUCGGAGGAGUCUUGUACCAUUUCGACAACGGCGCGUGGUGCACUCUCUUCUUUGCAUGUGCUAUCCCUUUGAGCGUUGUACAGAGCUGGGAGGCUCUCGGGAAAAGGCAUUUGAUAGGCCCAGUUGAGAUGUAUGCAGUGGUAUGUGCGAGAGAAGCGUGGUCGAAGCACUUGAACAUGCAGAGGGUGACCAUGUAUGUGGAUCACUCCGGAGUGUUGGCCUCUUUGGUGAAAGGCUCUUCAAAAGACCCUUUGUGGAGGCAACUCUUGCUGAUCUUUGAGAGCUGCGACGCUGAGGCGAUGCUCCCUUGGUUUAGCCGCGUUCCAAGUGCAAGCAAUCCGGCCGAUCCUCCUUCGAGAGCUAAGUCAAUCUUUCCAGUCAGGGGGCAGGUGUGCAGAGUGUCGCCUCGAUGCCCGAUCAAAGGCAAUGCCACGAUUGAUCUCCUUCUUAAGUGA